CUAUAUGCUUAUACUCCUCAACUCGAAUGCUUUCUUCAACGAAUAUAUUAACCACAUAAAUUCGCUUGGACAACAUUUGUUUUGUUUUUAGGUAAUUCUUUAUCUUUUUUAUUUUAUUUCUUUAUUGCUUUUUUGAAAGGAAGAAAAAAACUAAUGUUUGAAGUAGGACUGAUUUGAAGAGAGGGCUAUAAAUAGCAGAGCCAGUCCGGUCGUGUCAGCCAUGAAGUAAAGCUAAUACAACACUUUGUUAUCUCCACAGAUUCCAACAAAACAGGAAUUAAACAUACACAAUUCAUGAAGAAGAUGGUGAUGCUGAUUAUUAAGAUCUGCCUCUUGGCCAUGGCCCCCCUCUGCACUGCCGCUGCAAAUGCUCAGACACAAGGAAUAGGGUUUGGAUAUGGAGGUAGAAAUGGACCAAAACAAUGGGGACACUUAAACCCUCACUACACUGAAUGCUCGAUUGGUAAAUUGCAAUCUCCAAUUGAUAUCCAAAGGACACAAACCUUUUACAACAGCACAUUAGAACCCCUCCACCGCGAUUACUACACGACAAAUGCAACACUCGUGAACCACGUCUGCAAUGUCGCUAUGUUCUUCGCGGAAGGAGCAGGAGAUGUGGUGAUAAACAAUAAGAACUAUACCUUAUUGCAAAUGCAUUGGCACACUCCUUCCGAACAUCAUCUCCAUGGUGUCCAAUAUGCAGCUGAGCUACACAUGGUACACCAAGCAAAAGAUGGAAGUUUUGCUGUGGUUGCAAGCCUCUUCAAAAUCGGCAGUGAAGAGCCGUUCCUCUCUCAGAUGAAGGAUAAAUUGGUGAAGCUAAAGGAGGAGAGGCUCAAAGGGAACCAAACAGCACAAGUGGAAGUUGGAAAAAUAAACACAAGACAUAUCGAACGUAAGACUCGAAAGUACUUCAGAUACUUUGGUUCACUCACCACUCCUCCUUGUUCCGAAAACGUAUCUUGGACCAUUCUUGGCAAGGUGAGGUCCAUGUCAAAAGAACAAGUAGAACUACUAAGAUCUCCAUUGGAUAUUUCUUACAAGAAAAAUGCACGACCUUGUCAACCCCUAAACGGCCGGCGAGUUGAGAUGUUCCACGAGCGCGUCACCAAAACGGAAACCGGAAACAAAAAGAAAAAACCCAAUUAAAUUAUUUCUGCCAGUCGAUUUGUUCAGAGCCUAAUUACCCCCUAAAAACUAGUUUUGUAAAAUCGUAAUGAAAAAAUAAUCGUAUGUGGUACUAUGCUGUUGUUUUUUUGCCAAAAGUAUGCUGUUGUUUAGUGUACUUCUCUUCGAUUUCCAAAUUUGAGAAUGUGGUGUUGAGAGCUAUAUGCUGCUACGUUGAAAAUAACGUGCAUCAACUAAUAUCUCAUUUAGUAAUGAGUUAUAUAGUAUGUCGCACCUAAUUCAUUUUGAUCCACAUUUUAUAUUUUUAUUGAUAACUA